AUGACUAGAUGUUUCAAGAAACAUGGUGUAUCUAGUAGACUAAGUUGGGUUUCUGGAUUCUGGAUCUUCCCCCAAGUCAAGCAAGGUCCCUUGUGGAGAAUAGAUGUUCUUGAGGCAGAAGCAAAUCAAGGUGAUUCCCUAGACAUUUAUUUGUUGAAAGGGGAAAAAGCCCCUACCAUAGUUGAAGUGCAGUUAAAGCUCAUGAAAAAUCCACCUGUGUCCCCAGGGAGCCAUGGUUCUGUGGCUUGGCUUGUGGAAGGAAUUAGCAUAGAGGAUGCACAGGACCAGCUAAGAUCUGAGCUUAGACAGAGCCACAUGUCUACCAGACAAGAAGUCAAAGUCUCAGAGAAAAGAAAAAGACUUUCUGCCAGGAUUGACAAAUUCCAUGGCACCAGCCAGGCAUUUCUCAAAGGUUUGGAGGUGGAUGGUGUCUUUAUACCCCAGGAUGAUCCAGCAUUCCUUGGGCAAGAUGAUGAGGAUUUGGAGGCUACAGAAGAAGGAGAGGAGCCACCUGCUGAGCUCAUGAGUAUAUGGAUGCCCUCAUCCAUUGGAGCAACCAAACUGAUGGAGCUUGGCCUUCAUGACCUCCUCAAAGAAGAAAUGGAACUCAGGAUUGGGCAAGCUAAUGAUUGUCUAGACCAGCUCCAAACCAACCUUGGACACAAGGCAAUGUUAUACAGGCAGAACUUCCACAGUGCACAAUCAACUAGGGAAGGUACAAGAACCAAGCAGGACAUCCAAACAGUGGUGGCUCGGAUAAACAAGCAGGUCAGAAGUUAUCAGAGGGCAAGGCAGGCCAUUCUCCAGUUGGAACCCAAUCAACAGAUUGGACAAAAAUAUCAGGCUAUUCAGCCCCAGGACCUGGCAGUGAGUAAGGAUGUUACAGAGGAGAACCAGUUUGGGCAGGGAACCAGCAAAAUGGCAUGGUUUUGGAUGAUGGAUGGUGAACAGGGUCAACUGAAUGCUGAGAAGGGGGGUUUAAUGGAGGAGUUUUACAGGAUCAACUGGCUCAAAGCAAGGGCAAGAAGGGACAGGUGGAAAGAAGAAUUGUCAUUGGUGAGGCAUGAGAUGGUUUGGGCCAUCUUAUGGUUUGAGUUCCAGAAGGACAUGUGGGAGCAAAGGGCUCUACAAUUGUUGGAACCAGGGAAAAAGGCUUAUGCUCAUUAG